CAAUGCUGUGAUCUCUCACGCUGUGUGUGUGUGUGUGUGUGAGAAGCGGAUCCACGGUUCAGGCUCAGUGCUGGUGCCCAGGCUUCAGUGAACAUCCGGUUAGCAAACCGCAUCAUCUAACCAUGCCCAAAUCAAAAGACGAGUUGUCUUCCACGUCAGGCAGUGACUCUGACAGUGAAGCUGAAACAAAGGCCAAGAGGAAGAAGGCAAGCAAAGUGGAGAAACCGGCUAAAAAACAGAAGGGUGGGGAGAGCUCCAAACCGAGCGGCUCCUCCAAGAGGGAUGAUAAUGCUGGUGACAACAUGUUUCAGAUUGGGAAGAUGCGAUACGUGAGCAUCAGAGAUUUCAAAGGAAAGGUGUUGAUUGACAUUAGGGAAUACUGGAUGGACCAAGCAGGUGAAAUGAAACCAGGCAAAAAAGGUAUCUCAUUGAACCCAGAGCAGUGGAACCAGCUGAAGGAACAAAUGUCGGACAUUGACGACGCAAUAAGAAGAUUAUAAAAUUGGUCUGUUUAGUUGGGAAAGUUGGGUGGGGCAGAAUGUUUUUAGAGUUCCUGUUCUUUGGCAUCUCAACACUGGGUUUAAAAAAAAAAAAAAAAAAAAAUGUGGCUUUGUUUAGCUUGUUUUGUUUUCUUCAGCUUGUAUGUUGUUGUCAGGGAUGCACCAAUCUCAGUUUUUUUAUUUUUUUAAGUUUCCAUUUUCAAUAUGAUUAUAGUAUCAGAUGAUCUGUAAUGACAGCCACCAAGCUGAGUGUUUUGCAAGCUUCUGUUGCUAAGUUCUGCAAGAUGUUUGAGACAUGAUGAUGAUUACGUGAAACCUGUGUGUCAGUCAAUGUAACAAAUACGUCAGUGGGUCAGACUGGAAAAUGUCAGAUCCAAUCCCAGUGUUUCAAGCCAGUAUGAGACAGAUAGGAUUACGCUGUAUUGGGUUGGUGUAUCCUUGGUGUUUGCAGUGAGGCUAAAGUAGAGUGUUUUUUUUUUUUUUUUUCUCCUUUUGGUGAAUACAUGUUCAGAAUAAAUACAAACCUGUUGUUUGUAAUAGAUGGUUGCAAGUCCACAAGUGAUAAACACUGCUUUGGGAAUAAA